AACCUGUCGUUAAGAAUUUACUCUGAAAGUCACAAGCGGAAGUCGUGUCUUUGUUACCUGCAGAUGAUUGCCAGUGUCGGAGAAGAGAGAGUGGCGAUUGUUCAGCGGCGGAGCCUCCAGCCUGGAGCGCACGCAUGUUCAGUGGACUCGGAUGGUGUGAAGCCCCAGAUGAGGGACUCAGACGUCCGGGAAUGACAGCCGCUGUCACCGGGAGUGACAGCUUUCACUCUGACCUACUCCACUAAAUAAAAAAAACACCCUUUGGCAGCUUGACACUGAUCAACACUGAUCCGGAUCGGAUCCAGCCAGAACCAGGACUAUGCCAGAGAUGGAGAAAGGGAGACCACCAGAAAAUAAACGCAGUAGGAAACCUGCGCACCCCGUAAAGAGGGAGAUCAACCAGGAGAUGAAGACGUUUGCAGAAAGCACCAUGAAUGAGCUGCUGGGAUGGUACGGCUACGACAAGGUCGAUCUCAGAGACUCGGAGGCCAAUGAGAUCAGAAAUUACAGAGAAAGGCGUCAGCAUGUGUCUGUGCUAAAAGAAAACUCUUUGCCAAAACCCAAGAGCCUGGACACCAAAGUCAGUCACUCAGUCCUUGCCAUGAAGAGCGGAGAGAAAGAGUCCUCAAGUGUCCCCUCUUCUUCACCCUCCUCUUCUUCGACAUGUUCAUCCCUGACCACCCCCAAAGAACACAAGAGUGCCCCUGUCAUUGUCCCCCUUAUAAAGCCAUCAGCAGUGGAAGAUGUACAAAAUGUGCAAAUAGUGUGUGUUUGGUGCCAGAAGGAAGGAGUAAAACGCUACUCUCUAUGUAUGGGUUCAGAGCUCAAGAGUUUCUGCAGUGAGAAGUGUUUUGCAGCCUGCAGACGGGCCUACUUCAAACGCAAUAAGGCCAGAGAUGAAGACCUCCAUGGUGAGAGAUCCCCUCAGCACCCCCAUACAGAGGACUCGCCCAGACUGGUGUUGAAGAUAAACAGCAAUGUCAGAUCUCUCUCUCCUGUACCACAGGUAUGUGACUGGUGCAAGCAUGUCCGUCACACAAAAGAAUAUCUGGACUUCGGAUCUGGUGAGGAACGACUUCAGUUCUGCAGCACCAAGUGUCUGAAUCAGUACAAGAUGGAUGUUUUCUACCGAGAAGCCCGUGCAGCUCUCACCAGCUCCAGCUCCAGCCCAAGCAGACCCAGCCAGGAGGGAAGGGCAGACAGCAUUGUGGCUGGACAAAAGCUACUCACUCCUGAGUCUUGGAACAGCGCAGGAGAAGCUCGUCAUAGAAACCUUUCCCCUAAAGGUCAUACACCAAUCCAUGGAUCAGCAGAACGGACCUCCAUCUCCCCCUCAGAGGCAUCCUCUUCUAAUUCCAAGGUCCCUGUCUCUGGGUUGAGGACACUAGAGAGACCCAUCCAGCCUCCUUCACAUCAUCCUCCUGCUAUGGAGGUGUCACCUCACCCUGCUCCCCUACAUCCUCCACCCCCUCCACGUCCCACUCUGGAACAUCAGCCAGUACCUCAAAUGCCCAUGCCCUUCAUCAGACCUCCUCUUCAUGCUCAGGGCUUGAAAAGCCCCCUUACCAACCCACCCAGACACCCAGGCCCCCCUUCCAGCCCUAUCUACAGACCUCCCCGAUCUCCUCACCUGCAGCCACCAACCUCUUCUUCCAUGAACCCCCCUGGACUGAUGCAUCCCUUCCCAGGAGCUUAUUUCCCUGGUUUGCACUCUCCUCCUCUGAACAUGAUGCCAAGAGGUCCUGUCCCAAUGCCUCACAUGAUGAACUUUGGUAUUCCUUCCUUUAGCCCCCUUCUUCCCCAUCCCACUGUCCUGGUGCCUUAUCCCAUCAUCGUUCCCCUGCCUGUCCCCAUACCCAUUCCUAUCCCCAUUCCAGUCCCUUCUAAGACAACCCUAGAAACUCCAAGUCACAGUGGUGUUAUCCAGCCUGUGCCAGAAGGGGGAGAUAGGGGUAGAUCCAGGGCUGCCAGGCCGCCAUCUCCAGGGAUCCCUGAACGGGAUAGCAGAUUGAUAGCCAACAAAUUGAGUGGAACCUUGACUCAAGGUCUCCCUUCACCAAGUGACCCCAACACAAGGGACACAGAUUGGGUUAAAUCAGAGAGGUCAUUCCCUUCCCCAACAUCCACACCUCACAGUGGAGCAUCCUCCCCCAGAGCGCAGUACAAUGAAUCCCCCUGCUCAGCCCCAGAGUCAGAGGGGCAGACAGACUAUAAGCAGCAGCAGUCAGAGCGACAAGUCAUCCAAAGGGUUCUUCAAAGGACCCAAGUGAAGCUCGGGCCUAGUGCCAAUGGAGUGGUGGACCUAUCAGGGCUGGGGGAGCCAGGAACAGGGCAGGGUACCAGAUCUGGGCUCCAUGACAUCAUCAGACCUACCCCUCUUCAACCACAGUCCCCUUCACAUGACACUGUCUACCACAACAAGGACUCCCACACGCCACCUUUACACACCCCGCCCAGCCCCACGGGGAACAGCCAUCCAUAUGAUGCCACAUCCUCUGCUCUGACAUCUCAGGACCAUAGUCCAAAUGGGAUGUCCUCCUCAUCCUCACCCGCCAGUCCGGACUCCUCCAUACCCCAGAGAGUACCAGCACCACCCCCUGACCCUGCACUCAGUGAGCUGGAGGCUAUCAAAGAGAACAAGUGCUCUGUUGUUGGCCAAGUGCGGGUUGAGGGCCCAGUCAGUCAGUCAGAAGAGCCCUUAGCAGUAGUUGGGGAGGUAGGAGAGGACCCCCAUGUUCCUGAUGAGGACCAUGCCUAUGCCUUGCCCACAGCACCAAAGACAGGUGGGACCACCACCCCGCUGCUCUUGCCCAAACUCAGGGACAAGGGCAGCCUGCGGAGCCCUGCUAAUAUGCCAAGUGCUGGAGACAUGGAGCCAGCUCUGAAGAGGCGAUGCUUACGAAUCCGUGAUCAGAAUAAGUAGAGGACAGAGACUCCCUGUUUAACACUGUAUGGCGGUGCCAGAUUCAGUGCCACGCCCUCUUGUGGACAACGCCAGUGCUAACACCCUCCAGCCAGUCCUUCAGCCUGUCAGCCCACCAGAGUGCUGCUCUGCCUGUAGACCAGCAGGGUGCCAACCCAGGAAGCAGUCCAGAUGGCUAUAUUAUCACAAGUCAACAUGGGGGGGGGGGAGAGAACACAACACAGCUACACAUUUUGUCUUGGACCAAAGAGGAUUGCUGGCUAGUGUGUUAUGUUGUGUUCAGUGAGUGCUUGAUACGGAGCAUCUCAGAUCUUCUUCCUGUCUGACAUUGCCCUAAAGUGUGUGUGUGUGUGUGUGUGUUUGUGUGUCUCUGUUUGGUGUGUGUGUGUGUGUGCAAUUUAGUGUGGCUGCCCAGAUGCGCUUCUCCUCCUCCUCCUCCUCCUCCUCCACCACCACCUCCUCUCCGUGCUGUACACAGCAGACAGGGCUCUGAUCAGCCUUGUGUGGUCUUCUCAGAUGGAGCCUGAACAUGAUCUCUUUCCAGGGGAAACGGUUUGUUUUCUCUGCCCGGCUUGCACAAAGAGCCACAUUGUUCCUCUCCCCAUAUCCCACGCUGACUCCCCACUCCAGGUUUUGGGUUACCUGGCCGACGGGGGCUCAGACUUCAGGAGCUUUUUUUUUUUUUUUUUUUUUUUUUUUUUUUUUUGACCGACAGCCAGGAAUAUAGUAUACCCUUCUCCCCUCCACCUUGUGCCCAAUCUAAAUACGGUACACAGUAACAUACUAGUUCUGAGGUUUGAUCCCUCACAACUGAUUUCCUGUGAUUCCUGCUCACUUCCUUCAAGGGAGGAGAGUAAUUCUGCAGAGAUUAAGACUUUAUCAUUGGGCAGUUUUAUAUACUGUGUGGAGAGAGCCUGGCUGGGCUGUUAAGACAGACGACUGAGCAGUAUAACACAAUCUCUAAGGAGAAAGGAUGCUUCCUCUGCCUCCUCUUAAACGACAUAGAAUUAUAUGAGGGGACACCUACUGAUAUGCAGUAGCUGAUACGGUCUGUGGACACUUGAGUCGUCCUGAUGACGCUGGUCCAUAAAUGUGUGAUUUACAGACCCUUGCAUUCGAUCUGCCAAAGCUUUGAUAGCAAAUCAAGAAUUUGAAUCACUUUUAGUGUUGUGCAUGUUUUGCUUUAAAACCUCGAACAUUCAUGACACAUGACUGAUCCUGAUUCUGAUUUUUUUUUUAAACGUCACUGGCUCUGAUCAUAUGAUCCUAAAAGUCAGGCUUGUAAUGUUACCAAAUGUGGUAUUAUACUCAACCGUCAAAUGCUGUAGUAUGCAGCGAUCAGUAUUACAGUUCUCGCUAUCGGGGAUUCCUGAUGAGAUUUGAUCCAGCUAGCUCACUUAGAGGCUUUGUCAACACUUUUGUCCCUUUGUAAGAUUUCAGUUUUUCUAGUUGAACUCCACACAGAUACUAUUUGAUGUUAUAUUAACUUAUGGAUGAUGCAUCUGUAGAUUUUCACACAAAAAAAUGCUUUAUUUCUUUGUUUUUCUUCUUUGAUGAUUGUAUUUUGUGAGUGCUGAAGCUCUUAAAUGCCCCCAUGUCUUUAUGUUUAUAUACUGUAUCCCCACUAGAGAGCAGUGUUUGCCUUUGUAACUUUGCACCUGCCCCCUUUUCUGACAAGAAAGCACCAAGAGUCUGCUGAUGUAUGACUGAUAUCCAACGCCAAGUAGAUAGCUUUUCCUUCACAUCUUGCUGCCAUUAUUUUCUAAUUACAUCCUAAUAUUGCCUGCCAUUACAGCCGUGUCAUACCAAGAAGAGCCAGAAUACCCUCCAAAAAGAAAAAGAAAAAGCCUCUUCUUAAUGAAGAGUCCCACGGGAUGAGUAGUCAUCACGACUUACUCCUAGAAUAACUCCAAAUGUGACCCACCCCUGCCAUCAUUCCAAAAUUACAUGCCAAUCCAGUUUGUGUGUGUGUGUGUCUGUGUCUGUGUGUGUGUGUGUGUGUACCUACAGCAGCGACACAUUUGUCCCCACUCAUUCCAGCCUACAUGUUCACCACAGGUCAUGCCAUUAUGUUAGUGUCAUCCUCGGCUGGCCAGGGGACUUUGUCAACAGCUUGUCUGAGUCAAUGAUGACAUCAUGGCAUGCAUAUAGCUGUCAGCAAGUGGUCCUCUACUCUGACGCCACAGGCCAAAAAGAAAAAGAAGAAGAAGAAGACAUUGUUAAGACUGCCAUUGUUGGUUUUAUUGCACAUUUUAAUCAUUGCCAUGUCUGACCUGAUACAGGAUGUGUGUUAAUCCAAUGUUUGGAUAAAAAAAAACAAAAAAACUUUUUUUUUUUUUUUUUUCAGAUUUAGUUUCUGUUGUCUGAAAUUCAACGGUACUUUCUGACCUCCCCUGUCAAACAUUUAGCCCCACUGUCUGAAUAGACUGUUCACAGAUUGUUUGUAUUUGAGUAUAAAUUCAAUAACCAAGAGCUUUGGUGGAGACCUCUUUGUAAAGUAAAAUAAAAAUAAAAGUUAUUCUAAGAGCAAGGAAA